AUGGCACAAUGGUGGGGAGUUGCGUUAGCCCUUUUGAUGCUGCAUGCACCGUUACAUACCUCGGCGGAUUGGACUUUAGUUGUGGCGCACUCGAAUGAUUUGUGGUACCAACUGGACGAGAUCCAAGGAGACAAUACUCCAUGCUACGAGGAUCUGCCACCACUUACGACGCAACCGCCUACAACAACCACAACUGUCCCGCCAGAAACUACCACCACUACUACCACUACUACCCCUACCACCCCUACCACCCCUACCACCCCUACCACCCCUACCACCCCUACCACCCCUACCCCUACUACUACUACUACUACUCCUACUACUACCCCUACCACCCCUACCACUACUACCCCUACUACCCCUACCACUACUACAAAUGCGCCUACCACAACUACGCCCACCACUACAACUGAAACAACUACAACGACAGUUACUUCCACAGCUUCAACCUCUGCUACGGGAUCGGGAACAGUGUCAAUGAUAACUGGAAAAGCGACAUUAUUGAAAGAACUAGCAUUAGAAGCGGGACAAAAAAGAAGUGCAAGAUCAAUUUCAGAACCUGUUACAUCAUCAAGACUAACGAAAUUGACUCGCUCGAAUGUUCGGCAACUCCGUCAAUCGCCACUAACAACUGAUUCUGUCAAUCAAACCACCAAUUCAAACAAUAAUAGUCUUCCCCAAAUCAACUCUACCACUUCGUACUUUGCCAACUCAACUAUUCCAUCAAAUGCUGAUCAGGUCAAUUUUACUACAGUCCCUACUCUUUCCCCCGGCGAAAACGAAACUUCUACUUUAACAUCUAGCACUAUCUUAAGCACUACCACCUCAAAGCCAAACUUCGAAAGUCCAAAAGCGUCCCGGCAAUGCUACGGUGGAGUGCCUCGCCACCUGACGAAAGUCACAGAGCUGAAGGCAGAGAGCGAAUCGAACGGCAAAGUUUUCUUGCACUUGAACGCCGGUGGAAUGUUGGGUGGUUACAUCUGGUACCCAAUCCUCGGAGCAGGUCCGGCAGUCGAGUCCAUAAAAACGCUCAACUAUAAUGCUGUGGCGCUGGGCUAUCGCGACUUCGAAGAGGGCGUACCUGAAACCGUGAAAUAUCUCCAGGCGUUGAAGGACGCCGGUGUCACGGUGCUCUGCGCCAACAUGGACAUUUCCGGUGAACCCUCGAUGAGUAAUCUGUACAAGAAAUCCAUGGUGAUCAACAUAGAUGGUGUCAGGAAAAUUGGAAUUAUCGGCUUUAUCGGGCAGGAUGCAGACUAUAUGGCGGACACAGGAAAAAUCAAAUUUACAGAUCCAUUUGCCGCUAUUGAAGCUGAGAUCACAUCGCUGUAUGAUCAACAGGUUUAUUUUGUCAUUGCGCUGGGUAGCGCCGGAUUUGAAAAUGCCAAACUGGAAUGGAUGGGCAGAGCCUAUAACGUCGACUUGUUUGUUAAUGGUGGCAGCAAUACUUUCCUUUAUAACGACGCUGCUGUCGGGCCUCUUAAUGAGAAAAUUGCAGGGCCGUACCCGAUUGAGAACUCCAGUCAAGGCGUGAAAAGACUAUUCGUUCAGACAUCUCGAUAUGGUAAAUAUUUGGGUAAAAUCGAAAUGAAGAUUAACGAUGAGGGUAGAAUCAGCAGCUAUGUGGCAACUAAUCCAAUUCUUUUGAACUCGAGCGUGACAAAAAAUCCUGAUCUCCAGUACAAAGUUGAUCAGUGGGAACGAGAAGUAUUGACCCAGGCGAAUGAGACCAUCGGUUAUACUAAAAUCCCAAUUAUUAGCGAUCGGAAAAUUUGCUGGUACACCGAGUGCACCGGUGGAGCUUUGAUGGCCGAUGCGGCUCGCGCCUUUUUGGAAAAGAAAACAACUGCUGACAAUGGAUGGUCUGAAACAGUGGCCGCAACUGUCUGGCAUGGAGGAGCGCUAUCGGAUACAGAUCUUGACAUCGGAGCAGGUCCCAUCACGUUCGGAGAUAUUUUGACUAUGUUUCCCUACGCCAAUGUUAUUGUGAGAGCUUACAUGUAUGGUCAGCAAAUCACCAGACUGUUCGAAGAAUCGGUCAGUUAUUAUAACGACACGGACACGCCCAAUCGUGGCGAGUUUCUUCAUGUGUCCGGCAUGCGAGUCGAGUACGAUCUAUCAAAACCCAGUGGAUCGCGUGUGGCCAGCAUCUACAUCCGCGAUACGGACAACCCACAAGGAGGGAUGGCUCCAAUUAAAAACGAACAAGUUUACAGAAUUGGUAUGCCCUCGUUUAUCGCAAACGGUGGCAGCAGAUUUUCGUUCAUGGAAAAUGUUUUGAAAAACAACACUGGCGUUCGCGAUGAAAUUGUUCUCCGAGAGUACAUCAAAAAAUUAACACCACUGACUUACGGAAACGAAGGAAGAGUGAAAUUUAUCUCAAACACUGACAACCCAACGGUUUGCCCGAAUACGAACGUCACUGGAACAGUAUUUUUGACUAUCUUCUUGACGCUGCUCUUCUCUGGCAUGGCUUUUGCCGCUUACAAAUUUUUAUGGCCAAAGCUGCGAGACAGAAGAGGAUCCCUCUUAUCGUUGGUUCGGAUGAGUUCAAUACCCACUUAGAUGUUCAUCACCCACAUAAUUUCAUUACUUUGUCCUACUUCUACCCGAUUCCGAAAUUUUCCCGUUUCGGUGCAGUUAUUGCAUUGUGGUCCACAAUAUUGCCUUUAUUUUACUGGAAACCACCAACAUCCUUGAAAAAGAACUCAACCUGUAUCAAUUUGAAAUAAAAAUCAUUUGUUUAAAUCAUCAAA